AAAAAAAAAACAGACAAAGAUACACUGGCAGGUGGAGCUAUAGAUAGAUAGAUAGAUAGAUAGAUAGAUAGUCAGGUAGGGGAAAGAUUGCUUGGAUGAAUGUGUUGCCGGGGUUUUGAAGAUGCUCUGCACCGCGGCGGUAAUGUCCUAUUUUAACCCAGAGAGAACGCUCGCUGCCCCGCAAGAAAACGAUGGUUUACCCCUUAGACUGAAUCAUAUUGAGAUGGUGUGGUCCAGUCCCGGGCCCCGCCCUUGUCUCCUCCCCCCUAUGUUGUGGUUCUGAUCUCGUGUUCCGGAGUCUUCUCAUUCGUCCUUCUGCUGCUGGCCUGUAUGUGCUGCAAGAGAGGAGGCGGCUUUAAUGAGUUUGACAACACUGAGGGAGAGGAGUGUUCUGAGGGAGAGGGCAGCCCUGCUGCAGAGGACAGCAGCUCCUCCCAGUCUCUCCCAGAGGUCUACAUCCUUCCACUGAGCCAGGUCAAGCAUCCCUCCGCCCAGAAAGAUGGGUCCCUGCAAGGAUUCACUCGUCAGAAGCUGAGCUACCUGCAGGAGUUUGGGGAUGGCUGGUUUGGGAAGGUGAUCUUGUCGGAGAUGUUUUCCGAGCCCAGCCCAGCCCAGGCUGUGGUGAAGGAGCUCAGAGUGAGCGCUGGCCCGCUGGAGCAGAGGAAGUUCCUGACCGAGGCCCAGCCCUACCGAAACCUCCAGCACCCCAACAUCCUGCAAUGUCUGGGCUUGUGCAAUGAGACCCUCCCCUUCCUGCUGGUCAUGGAAUUCUGUCAGCUGGGUGAUUUGAAGCGCUAUCUCCGAGCGCAGAGGUGCUCCGACGGCAUGACCCCUGAUCUUUUGACCUGUGACCUGGCGACCUUACAGCGCAUGGCCUUCGAAAUUACAUCAGGGCUUUUACACCUGCACCAGAGCAACUACCUUCACAGUGACCUCGCCCUCCGAAACUGUCUACUGACCUCUGACCUCACAGUCCGCAUCGGAGAUUAUGGGCUGUCACACAAUCACUACAAGGAGGAUUACUACCUGACCCCUGACAAGCUCUGGGUUCCUCUGCGCUGGGUGGCCCCAGAGCUGCUGGACGAGAUCCACGGGAAUCUGCUGGUCAUCGAUCAGAGCAAAGAGAGCAACGUGUGGUCUCUCGGGGUGACGAUCUGGGAGCUGUUUGAAUUCGGAGAGCAGCCACACAGGCACUUUUCAGACGAGGAGGUCCUAACAUUUGUCAUAAAAGAGAGGCAGAUGAAACUAGCCAAGCCCAGGCUCAAACUGGCCCAUUCAGACUGCUGGUACGAGGUGAUGCAGUCCUGCUGGCUGCCCGCCUCGCAGCGCCCCCCGGUGGAAAAAAUCCACCUCCUCCUCUCCUCCCUCAUAGCAGCAGAGAGAGGGAUGGGAGCGGUGGAGGAGAGUGACGAGAGCUUCGAGCGGCGCUGGGAUUGCCUCCGAGCCGAGCCUCUGAACCGCCCGCAGCAGGACAACAAACUCGCCUUGAACCCUGCCUCCUUCCCCUUGCUGGAACCCGUGCGGAGCAACACCAGCGGGCAGACGUCCGUCACCAUCGACUUAGACGACAUCCUGACAGUCACUGAGACCAGCAAGGGGUUAAAUUUCGAGUACCUCUGGGAGCAAGCCCGCCGGGGGCGGGGCCACCUCCCUAAGCCUCUCCCAUUUUCACACCCGCUCCCCAUCGCAAACCCCGCCCACCACAGUCAGAUGAGCAACAGAGCUCACAGCCGCCACAGCUUAGACACACCCACUGUGGUGCCUGUCAUCAGCGCCCGAAGCCCGUCAUUGGCCAGCGAGUACUACAUCCGGCUGGAAGAACACUCCCCAAACCCCAACUCCCCACCCCCCUCGCACCCUAACGGACUGUCUAUAGCCCCGCCUCUUCCAGAAAAGAGCCAUUUUAUUAAGCUGCAGACUGUCCCGUACGAGCCACUAAGGGGUCAUUUUCCUGCUCAGUCCCCACCUCACAGCGGACCGCCCUUGCCUCCCCUCUUCCCGCCCCCUUCUUACCCUCAGUCUACCGAUUCGCUGAAUGCCAGGACGUUACCUCCUUCAGGCCCUGCUGAACAAGAAAGAAACGUUACAGCGACAACAAACAGCGACCUGGAACUGACAGAACUGAAGACCACAAACAAAGACCUUGGGCAGAAAAUGACUGAAUCUGCAAAAAUACUGACCAGGAAGGCUGUCCCAGUUGAAAUAAUGACCAACAAUGCAAUAGAAAUACUGCCCUUACGGACUGGGUCAGUUAAUAUAACCCCAAGAGACUAUGCAAUGGUCAAUAUAACUCCUGUCAACCAGUCUCUCUUACAAACCGAGCCUAAGCCAAGUGGACUGGUUGAGGUAAUGCCCAAUGAAAUGCCUUCAGAGAAAAGUGGGUGUUUGCCUCCCAGUUUGCCCAAAAAGGGGCGUUUGCUUGACGGUUCUGAGCCUAAAAGUGGGCGUUUCCCGGUCCACUCUCCGCCCAAAAUGGGUGCUGAUCUUUCACAGACCCUUCCUUCUAAAUCACUCACAGAAGUAAAAGAGGUUGUAGUCUCAGAGUUAUAUUUGCAUUCCAGACCCCUCCCGCCCCCACCCACAAACCAGCCAUUACUCCCUCAAUCGAAGACCGGAUUGGUCAGGCAGGAAGAACGCAGAAAAGGCUCGGAACCGAACUUGCCUUCUGACUGGUCAGCCAGUGGCAGCGUUCCGGAAGUCUAUGACAACAAAAGUUCUACGGAAGUUUGGAAGAAUUUCAGAAACAGACCUCCGUCCUUCACCGGUUCUGCUGGUCCGAGCGGCUCCUCCGAAUACACAGACCCCUUAAUGGGGGCGUCCGUCUCGAACUUUGACCUCUUGGCUUUCCAGCGGCAACGCAGGCCUCACGCCGUCCCUCCCUCUCCCUCUCUCUCCCCUUCUCUCCCUCCUUCUUCCUUCGCUCGCACUUCUCCCUCACUUCCUGUGCCUCCCUCCGCCCGUCCUCUACCUCCUCCUCUCUCCCCUUCCCUUCCUCCUCCUCUCUCCUCGCCUCCCCAGCUUCCUCCCGCCUACCAAGGUAAAAUUUCACCUACAACUAAUGAGGCCCCUUUAAGAGAGACAGCAACGCACGACAACGAAGACCAGAACAUCAGUGAAGUAACAGCUGCCCUGGAUAUUGCAUCUUGCCAUUCUCACCUUACAGGAACUCCCAGUUAUCCUAUAAGUAUAAAGCCCAACAAGCCUGCAUUGACUGAAAUAGUGACUCCAGAACAAACAACGCCCUCCCAGUCACUAAUUGAUGAAGUAACACCUAAAAGCUCAGUUCUAAUGUCUCUGUUUACCGAAGCGACUACCACAGAUCCUUUACUGAAAGAAAAAUGGACCCCUGGUUCAGCACUGGAGGAUAUAGCAUGCAAUAUCAUGUCCACAGACUCUGUUUUGUCCAACACGACUUUUUUGACAGACUUGACGUCCGGCGAGUCUGACUGGAUGGACAUAAUGUCCAACAAGACGUUUCUGACCGGCAUACCGUCCAACGACGUUCCGACCGACAAGCCUGAAAGGACAGCAGUUGGGUCUAGAGGUUUGACAGGCAUUCAGUCUCAUUGUCCAGCGGGGGGUGUCCACAAGGACUUGCCAUCAAGCACCCAAAUAAAGUCUAUAAGAUCAACAGUUUUAACGUCCGCAGACACUAAACUAGAUUUGGGAAUUAUCACUAAACAGGGUUUUGUGAACAAGAUGAGUCUCUGCAGCCCAGUUCUGACCAACCCUGAGCCCACAUCCUAUACAGAAACAACAACAGUCACUGUGCUGAAAGAAAUAACAUCUGAAGACUUUGCAGAGUUUACAAAUCUAACCUCCUCAAAACCGCUUGCGAACGCAGUGAACCUCAAAACAACGCAGCACAAUUCUGUAACCGAACCCAGGGAGCUGGCAGACACGAAACACUGCGUUCACACAGAUACAGGUUUGAAAGACGCUGUUCCAGAGGAGAUCACAGCCUCUCGAUCACACAGUCCAGGCUGGGACAGACCUGUCUGGACAGAGGCAAGGUGUCGAGGAUCUGUGGAAAUAGUCAUAACACGGGCAGAACGACGAGAAUAUGUCUUGUCUGAAGUCACUCAGAAAGCAUCUGUCAUUGCAACAGACGAUACACUGACAGGUGUAGCAUCAAGUGAUUUAGAACUGCCAGCUGUCAAAUCAAAAGACUGUGCAUUGACAGGUGUUAAUCCCAGCGAAGGUGUAUUGACAGGCGUUGAACCGAAAGACUGUGCAUUGACAGGUGAAGAGCACCAGUAUUCUCUCUCUCUGACUUCCUGCGAUUCCACACUGGCAGAAAUUCUUCCCAGUACCCUUUUAUUGACUGAGGACUCAGCCCACACCCCUGCCUUGGCAAAAUCACCACAGACAGACACUGCACCAAUAGAGGCCAAGGACUCCGUAGAGGUACAGACUGGAAUCACUACUGGAACAAAACAAACCCUGGAGCUGGAAAUAUCCGAGGAAACCGAGUCCGGCAAUGCUUCUUCGACAGAACUCUCCCUCCCACUUGCGGAUCUGCCCCCCUCACAGAUUUUGCCGUCAAACUGGCCUGAAACAGAGCCUGCAGACUCGACUUACAUAGCAUCAAGCCACCGGCCCGUCGCAGAAUCUCUCGGGUUGAAAGCGACCCAGUCAGAGCAGUCGUUAACAAAAUCCCUUAACCCGUCUUUGACCGACUCCGCGUUCCCCAGUUUGUCUCCCUCCCAGUCCCUCCUGUUUUUGGACAUUACCCCUUCAGACCAGUCCCUCUCCUUCCCAACCCCCACCGACUCUGGAUUCUCCCCGCUCUCCUCCUCCCUGGACUGCCUGACCCCUGCAGACCCCCCAGAGGGGAUUGAGGGCUUUCGGAUGCUGGGAGCCGACACCCCCCAUCGGGACUCCGCAUAUUUCUCGGACGGAGAGAGCGAGACGGAAAGGGUGAGGAGUGGAGGGGUGUGGGGGCAGCCACAGCAGAGAGCGAGGAAUGUGCCGGAUGAUUUCAGCCACUUAACAGAGUUGAAAUACUUUAAGAUGGGAGAUCUCUAUCUUCCAAGUCAGCCUAGGAGACUGGAAGGGAUACUGGAGAACUUUGAGAGCGAGGAACUUGAGAAACAAGAUUUCCAGGACUUUGAGAACGAAGAAAGCAAAGAUCUGCUUCAGAACUUCCAGAACAGACACCAGGAACCGAAAGCGCUUGGGAACUUCAAGAACACUGUAAUCGAGAACUAUGGUGAUACUCAUGCAAGGCAGAUAGUGCCAGACAGGGUCUGCAAUUCAAACAAGUUAGAGACUGUAGAUGAGGGGCUGCUGAAUCGAGAGUCGAAGAAUCUUGUAGAUCCUGCUCGGAACGUGCAUGAGAACUUCGAGAACAAGGGUUCUAAGUUCUGUGAGGACAUGAUCCCAGAGGAAAAUGAAAACACCUCAGUGGUCAACUUUGUCACCAAAAGUCCCGAUCCAAAAAUGGAUAUCAGGGAUUCUAGAGUGUUGGACAUCCGAGGUUCUAGAGUCUUGGACAGUAGAGGUUCUAGACUACUGGAAGGUUACGGACAAAAACGACUUGAAGAUGUUGAGCCAUCUAGAGAUGUUAGGAACAUGGAUGCUGCAUUCCAAGAUAGAACAGAUUCCAGACAGGACUCGGAUAUAAGACUACCAGAACACAGAUUGCUCCAGAACUGCAGCAGUGGGUAUUCUAACAAUAGCACCAAUUCUGAAACUUCAGAAGGGGCUAAAUACCUAGAACACAGCCCCCUCUGGAACUUUGAGAGCAAAAGUCUAGAAAUCAGCUUAUUUCAGAAUGUUGGUGAAAGUGAAAUGAAGGAUCCUCAAGAUCAGAGCUUACUCGAAAGCAGAGAUCCAGAACGAGAUUCACUCGAGAACUUUGAAAACCUGGAGAUUUUGUGUCUGGAGCAGAAUUCUCUUGAAAACUUAGAAAUGAUCUCUGGGACGAGAGAUCCUGAAUUCAAUGACAGCGAUUCCAGUGGCUCGGAGAUUAGGGGUCUGGAACAGAACUUGUUUGACGGCUCUGAGAAAUCACACACGAAAGAAACGGCACUCUUUGAGAAAGGGGGUCAUAAUGCCCUCCAAAUCUCCAGAGAUCCAGAACACGAGAGCAGAAACAUUGAAGAGAACCGACCUGAAAAUACUCAGAACUUACAAACGUGUGAGUCCACCAUUCGGAACACAAAGACCACGGAGGAAAGUUCACCGCCAAGCUCUGAGCUGACGGGAGUGGACGGCAAGAGAGGCCGGCCAGUAUCAGACCAGGGGUCAUUGUCCAAAAAACAGGCCAAGAAUGGACUAAUGAUGCAGGUGUGCGAGGAAAGGCUUCAGUUCUCGCUGAGAGAGAAUGUGAACCGCAACGUCCUGUUGGGUAGAUGCGUGACAGAGAGGGUUGAACUGCGACCCUGGGGUCAUCCAGGCUCAGUGCCCGCCCUGCCAGCCAAGGAGAGGGCGAGCGAGAAGGAGGGAGAGCUGCACGCCAGCCUGAGAAGUCAGAGUAGUGAUUGGUUCGAACCCACAACCAAUGAUGUUGCAGAAGAAGACCAUAGAGCAAGCCGUGGUGACGAGACAGAGAGAGCACCUGAAGCGAAGGAGGCAUGGACGUUGAAGGAACCACCAGCUGAUGACACCACCAAUGGGCCGCCGAAGCUCCUGAUUGGCCCAGACCCUGAGGCCACGCCUUCUCAACCCCAGCACAUCCAAUCCAUGAAAGCGAAGCUGGCCCGUCUCUCGCUCUCCCUCCCCCCGCUCACCCUCGACCUCUCCCUCACCACCGGCCCCAAGUCCUUGUGGGAGAGGGAGCAGGACGAGGGGCCUGGGUGCGGGGCGGGAAGUGACCCGGAGGACGAGGAGGAGGGCGAGGGGGCGGGGCGUGUGAUCGUCGUUACGGAGACGGAGACGGACAGGCGCCACAGUCUGCGCAGCCUGUUGAAGUCUCCUCACUCGCUCGAGGAGCACGCCGAGAGGGAGCGGGAGAGGGAGAGGAGACGCAACGUGUCAUUCUUCGAUGAUGUCACCGUCUAUCUCUUCGACCAGGAAAUCCCCACCAAUGAGCUCAGUUCUAGCUCUGCCCCGACAAGCCCCUCCCCUUCCUAUGACGCAACAGGAGAGUCGGGCUCCAGCGCCUUCCUGGAUGAUGGAUUGGGUGGCGGCAGCCUGCAGUGGGAGGAUGAGUUCCCAGUGACCGAGAAGGCGGAGCCUGAUCUGAUCACAGCAUCCCGCUUCACUGUCAUCCCAGCUGAGGACCCCCCAGCUUCGAACAGGACAGGGCAACUGAACUGAACCAGCCUCGGCCUGCAGGUCAACCAGGAGCUGGUUCCUCCUCCAGAUUGUGGUUCUCCAGGCUGGUCUCAAAUUCUUUCAGAGAUUGUAAAGCAGUGUUGCCCCUCCGUCCGCACUCCCAACCUGUUCUUCACACGCGUGUCAAUUUUAAAACACUUGGUACAAAACUAGGGGCAAGAACCGAUUGCAAGUCACUUAACCUCAGUGUCUUUUGGGAUCUUACUGGCUGCAAGGCAUGUCAGUCAAUAGGGGAAAGCCGCUGAUUGGUUACUGACUGCAAAGGAGGCCCUGAAGGGGCGGGGACAAUUUCACCCUCCCUCUUACCAAGGAAGUGCGACUCCAAAAGCAAGGCCUACAAACAGAGAUUCCUUUAACCCAGCCCAGCCCCAGACUCUGUUUAAUUGAACAGGAGAAGCCCGUACUGUGUUGCUUACAGUCAUUCUAAACGUGCGUCCUGCUGCCACAAUGCUGAGAAUCUAUAUUCAUCCUUUUGCUUGAAAUCUACCUUUCAGCUUGCCUGGAGAAUCCUAAAGGCCAACUGACCAGCCUUCCUGGUCCAUUCGCAUCAUGACCUUUCAGUUAGCCCCACCCACUCUAGAUAUAACUAGACCAGGGACAGGCAACCUUGUCUCUUCCAAUCCAUUCUACUUCAGACAGAAUAGGGAAGACACCGCGCUGUACGUGUUUGAAGAGACGCCAAGAGAUUCAAGGUACCAAGCAUAUUGAUUCACGCAUCCCAAAACUUGAACAGAGUGUAUAUUUUUUGGGGGGGUGGGGUGGAUGAGGGAUUGAAAAUAAAAAUGUCUUACACUUUGUCAAUGGGUUUUGAUCGCCUUGUGUUCAGGCUAAUCAGAAUCCAAUAAUAAUAAUAAUAAAUAAUAAUAAUAAUAAUAAUCUGAAAUUAUGUUUUGAUUCUUCUCAUAAAAAUGUGUGUCUACUGUUAGCGAAAACCUGUAUUGUUUUAAAGAAAUG